GGUUCAGUUGAAGGCUACUCUACAACGUGAAAUUGGAAAGCGUAGCGCUUCUCAACAUUGUUCCACAUUCAAGAUGAACAGCAAUGAAUUCCAGCCUAUUAUUGUGAAUACUAAUCGUUCUCGUUUGCCUCAAUUAACGUUGCCUAAAUUCAGUGGAUCUUAUAUAGAGUGGACAAAUUUCUAUUCGAUGUUCUCAUCAGUCAUCGAUAAGGACAGCGACCUAAGCGAUGUGGACAAAUUGCAACAUUUGCGUUCCUGCUUGAGUGGUGCUGCUCUUGACACCAUACGAUCGUUGGAAAUAAAUGAGGCUAAUUAUAAAAUCGCAUUAGAUCUUCUCAUUAAACGAUUUGAUAAUAAACGUCUUAUUUUUCAGGCACAUAUCAGGGAGAUUUUCGGGAUGGACAAAGCAGAUGGUACUGUCAGCAAGCUGCGAGCGUUGUCGGACAAGGUCAAUUCGCAUAUAUGUGCGUUGCAGUCACUUGGCUCCAAAGAGCAAAUAGCGGACUGCAUAGUGGUACAGUUUUUAACGCAAAAGUUGGACAAAGUAACUCAAGCAAAAUGGGAAGAAAGUUGGUCAAUAAACGAGUUACCAUCGUGGGAAUCAUUAGCUGCAUUUUUAGAACAUCGAUGUCGUACCCUCGAGAACGUAGAGCAUGCAUUACAAACACAAGCUGAAACAUUUGGUAAAACCGGAAAAACCAAAAUCCAGAAGAUCUUGAUGUACUGACGCCCGGACAUUUUCUCAUUGGUGGUCCUCUUAUCGCUAUUCCUGAGCCGAACCUCACGCAUCUAAACUGCAAUCGUUUAGACCGCUGGCAGCAGGUUACCUACAUACAACAAAUAUUUUGGAAGCGAUGGAGUGAAGAAUAUCUUACUAUUCUACAACAACGAGCAAAGUGGCGUAAACCACACCCAAACAUUGCAGUCAAUGACAUCGUAUGCAUCAAAGACGAAAAUUCAGCACCUCUUAAAUGGCCCUUGGGUCGUGUUACAGAAGUUGUCACUGGGACAGACGGGGUUGCAAGAGUAGCCGUUCUUCGUACGUCUACCGGCAUGAUGCGUCGAGCUAUCAAUAAACUGUGCGUUUUACCUGUCAAAGAUUCUUUUGAAAGUUAGACCUUUCAACGGGUGGAGGAUGUUCGGAGCAGCUCCUUUCACUAUGGAACUACCAAUAAUGAGUAGUAUUAAUCUUAAGUUAUUAUUUAUACUUAAAUUAACUAAAUUAAUACGCACACGUAUAUUCCGCCAACUGUGGUGAGAAAACAUUGUAAAUAUUAAAUACUUUAUAUUAAUUGUUAUCUGGUCACUCUAAUUGUGCAUAUCCACCACACAUUACUCGUUAUUCUAAUUCCUCAUUUCCCUUUAUCCUUUAAUAUGUUUAUACAUACAUACAUGUUAGAACAAUUAAGCUUAGCUUUGCCUAAGCCUAGCAUCUUAGUUAUCAGUUCGCUUUUUACAUUCGAUACCGGCACACGCAUUAUUUUCUUGUUCGGUUCUUAUACUCGCUACCUGCAGACAGGCAGGCAUUUCACCUAAUAAACCACCAGCCACGUAACUUUCUACUUGUUGUAUUAUAUAUAUUUAUAUUAAUAAAUAUUUUGUAAAUAUA